AUGUUCAGAUACAUCAGUGGCUUCACAGAGGUGAGAUGCCAUAUUCGUGUACUGAGUGUGGACAGUUUUUCCGUUUUAAAUCCCAUCUUGAUGCGCAUAAAAGAUCUCACACAGGUGAGAAGCCGCAUUCCUGUCCUGAGUGCGGGAAAUGUUUUUCAAGGAAGUCCAGUCUUUACAGACAUCAGAAAUCUCACUCUGGAUGUCACACGGGGGAGAAGCCGUAUUCCUGUCCUCAGUGUGGGAAAUGUUUUUCAGACAAGUCCAGUUUUUACAAACAUCAGAGAUCUCACAUGGGGGAGAAGCCGCAUUCCUGUCCUGAGUGUGGAAAAUGUUUUUCAGAGAAAUCCAGUCUUUACAGACAUCAGAGAUCUCACAUGGGGGAGAAGCCAUUUUCAUGUUCUGAGUGCGGGAAAUGUUUUUCAGACAAGUCCAGUCUUUUCACACAUCAGAGAUCUCACACGGGGGAGAAGCCGUAUUCCUGUACUGAGUGCGGGAAAUGUUUUUCAACAACGUCCAGUCUUUGUAGACAUCAGAGGCUUCACACAGGUGAGAAGCCAUAUUCCUGUCCUGAGUGCGGAAAAUGUUUUCCAGCAAAGUCACAACUUUACACACAUCAGAGAUCGCACAUGGGUGAGAAGCCAUAUUCCUGUUCGGAGUGCGGGAAAUGUUUUGUUAAAAAAUCAGCUCUUGUCAAACAUCAGAGGUCUCACACGGGGAAAAAAGCCGUACUCCUGUUCUGAGUGCGGGAAAUGUUUUUCAGACAAGUCCAAUCUUUUCAGACAUCAAAGAUCUCACACAGGUUGGAAGAGCUUCUCCUGUACUGAGUGUGGGAAAGGUUUCCGUUCUAAACAUGGUCUUAAUGUCCAUAUAAGAUCUCACACAGGUGAGAAGCCGUAUUCCUGUCCUGAGUGCGGGAAAUGUUUUUUAAGGAAGUCCCAACUUUACAGACAUCAGAGGUUUCACACAGGUGAGAAGCCAUAUUCCUGUUCUGAGUGCGGGAAAUGUUUUGUACUAAAAUCAGAUCUUGUCACCCAUCAAAGGCGUCACACGGGGGAAAAACCGCACUCCUGUCCUGAGUGUGGGAAAUGUUUUUUAAGGAAGUUCCAACUUUACAGACAUCAGAGGUUUCACAAGGGGGAGAAGCCGUAUUCCUGUUCUGAGUGCGGGAAAUGUUUUGUAGUAAAAUCAGAUCUUGUCACACAUGAAAGGAUUCACAAGGGGGAAAAACCAUACUCCUGUCCUGAGUGCGGGAAAUGUUUUUCAGACAAGUCCUUUUAUCACAAACAUCAGAGAUCUCACACAGGGGAAAAGCCAUAUUCCUGUCCUGAGUGCGGGAAAUGUUUUUCAUACACUUCAGAUUUUUACACACAUAAGCGAUCUCACAAAGGGGAGAAGCCACUUUCCUGUUCUGAGUGUGGGAAAUGUUUUUUAUUUAAGUCCCAUCUUGACACACAUCAGAGAUCUCACUCGGGAGAGAAGCCGUAUUCCUGUCCUGAGUGUGGGAAAUGUUUUUCAGACAAGUCCAAUCUUUACAGACAUCAGAGGUCUCACACAGGGAAAAAAGCCAUAUUCCUGUCUGAGUGCGGGAAAAGUUUUUUACAGAAGUCUGAUCUUUACAAACAUCGGAAAUUGCACACGGGGGAGAAACCGUAUUCCUGUCCUGAGUGUGGGAAAUGUUUUUCACAGAAGUCCUAUCUUUCUGGACAUCAGAGAUCUCACAAGGGGAAGAAGCCUCGUUUCCGGUCAUGA